UUGCGUCAACUUGAAGAUCUUAUGUCAUCGAAGUUGACACAAUCUGCACACACACAGACCGAGAGUGAAUUGUCCCUAUCCGCGGUGCAAGAUUUAGACAACAAGGUAGACACCAAAUUGUCAAAUUACCAACGAUCGUUGAUGGAAAAAAUUGACGAUGAAUUAAAAACCAUCGGCUGUGACGUUAAAAGUAUCAAACACUGUUAUGGAAUGUUAAAUACAAGUUUCCACGAGAUGGAAAACAAAUUGAUUUCAUUAGAAAAUAAUUCAGAGAAGCCGAUGCGCAAAUAUAAUGAUAUUAAGACUAGGAUUGCAGCCCUAGAAAGAGAUGUAAUGAAAAAUUCAUCACAAAUUAUCGGUUUGAACUAUUCACUGCGUUCGUUGGAGUGGACUAGACCACAAUCCUUCGGGUCCCCUGGAAUGUUUCCUCCCGAUAACCGAUGUUACAACGAACAAGCUUCAUUCGCUGCAGCUCCAUCAUAUUAUGAUAUGCCACCAACGGCAAAACCCGGGCCGAGUGGAGCAGUUUUGCCUCCAUCGCCACCUGCACCCCCGUCGACUAGUGUAUUUUGUCAACCACUGCCACCCGCACCCCCAGCGCCGUUGUCUCAGAAUAUUCCAAAAAAAUCGGAUUCAGACAAAUCCAGCUCUUCCUCAACAGCGAAAGGUGAACAAGUGUAUGGGAGGAUCCCAAUAACCACUGAGAUCCUAAAGUCUAUUGUUCUCAAGCCACCUGGCGAGAGGAAGAGAGUGAGCAAACCCUUUUCAGCGAAAGUUGAGGAAGUGUCUGGGAGGACCCCAAUAACCGCGGAGAUGUUAAAGUCUGUUGUUCUCAAGCCACCUGGCGAGAAAAAGAAAGAACCAAACAAAAAGCCUCAGAAUAGUGGAGAUAAGGAAAACAAAAAUGGAAACUGGAAAUCGGAAAUAUCUUUGGGUACAUGGAACGUUCGCACAUUAUACAGCACUGGAGCGGCACAUACAGUGACGCAAGAAAUAGGGAGAUAUAAACUUAAAAUUGUGGCUUUCCAAGAAAUUAGAUGGCAAGGAACGGGAUCCUUGGACAUUAAUAAUCAUACCAUUUUCUAA